CAACCGAAAAAAAAAAUCACGGUUGGAUUUUCCAGAGCGCGUCGCCAGCCUGCGAAAAAAGCCCUUCCAUCAGAACGCAACCGAAAAAAUCGUCGGCGCAUCCGAGAAACGGCUGCGCUUCAAUCGCUUGCUUCUCGUCGACUUCCCUCCGUGUAUUAAUACGUUUUUAGAUCGCUUGUAAUGCGCGUUUUCCCAGUUGGAACGAAUUGAAUUGCCCGUCUUGGGGUGCCGUUGUCGUGCAGCACCAAUUUUUUUUUAUUCCUUUUACUCUAGAGCCGAACUCCACACCCUGUUGGCCAACUUGGCCCGCCCGUCGCGCCCGACAUGGCCUCGUUGGACGUCCGCGACGUGCUCAACCUCCCACAGGAUGGCGCCGCACCACGACCAACGAAGAGGGCCAAGACGACGGCGCCGCGGACAAACCUCAAGGGACUGGCGAGAGAGGUGCAGAGCCUCGGCGGCGACAACCCAAUCGCCAUCAUCCCAGAGAUCUCCAUCUUCAAGAGGCGGCGGUCUCAGGCAACAAAAAAGGCCACGUCGCGAUGGGAGCUGCGGCCGUUUAAGAACUCGGCCAGGUGCGACGACAGCCUGAUCCUGCGGCACUGGAGGAGGAAAGAAAACGGCGGCGGCGGCGGCGGUGACAGGGCUGUGACUCGGGAGAAUGGCGACGUGCCCAUGGAGGGCGCCGACGGCGACAAACAGCAGGAGGAUGGGCAGCCGGACAAGGCGGAGCAGCCGCUGGAGGACUCGGCUUUUGCCAAGUUCAACGUGCACGUCGACAUACCGCAGUACACCGAUGACCAGUACCACUCCAACCUACGACGGCACGACUGGACGAAGGAGGAGACGGACUACCUCCUGGACCUGGUCCGGGAUUUCGACCUGCGCUGGGCCCUGAUAUGGGACCGCUACGAGUACACGCCCACGCGGCCGCGCGACCCGGCGACAAACGGGGACAGCGCGGCCGUCGUGCCCGUGUCGGCGCCCCGGUCCAUGGAAGAUCUGAAGGCCAGGUACUACGAGGUCGCGGCCAAGAUGAUGGCGGUGCAGAAGCCCGCCCAGUACAUGUCGCAGCCCGAGUUCUCGCUCUACGAGACGAUGCUGAAGUUCGACCCCCACAUGGAGACGCAGCGCAAGAAGUUCGCCGCCAACGCCCUCACCAGAUCCAAGGAAGAGGCGAGGGAGGAGGAGUCGCUCCUGCUCGAGGUCAAGCGUAUCCUCGCAAGACAGGAGCGCUUCAACGAGGAGCGCCGCGAGCUCUACAGCCGCCUGGACUUCCCGCCCUCGGACCACGACAUCAGCACCUUCAAGUCCAGCCAGGGCCUCGAGACGCUCCUCAAGACGCUGAUGACGGCCGACAAGUCGAAGAAACGCAAGUCGCUCAUGGCGUCGGACGGCGCGAACAUGGCGGGCCCGGGCAGCGCAGGCCCCAACGGGCAGCAGGCACCGGCGGGCUCGGCCACGCCGGCCACGGCCGGAUCCGAGAGCCGCCGCGACAGCAUCGCGGCCUCAUCGGCGGUGGCGCAGCGGGAGUCGGUCGCGGUCGAGAAGGCCACCCCCGUGGAGCCGCCCAGCAAGCCCAACAACAAGAAGGGCGGGGCUGCGCCGCCCGAGCGGCGGCGGCUCACGGAGCAGGAGGAGCAGGUGUACGGCGUCACGUACCACGACCGGCUUGGGUCCGGGCCGACGUUCCGGUACGAGAAGGUCAACAAGCUCUUCAACCACAAGAGCGGGCAGCAGCAGCAGCGCAUCACGAACGUGCUCAAUGAGCUCGACGUGCCCAGCCGCCUCACCAUGCCCACGGCCGCCGUCACGUCCCAGUUCGAGCAGCUCGUGCACACGGUCACGCAGCUCGUCGACCUGCGCAAGCAGCUCGACAAGCUCGACGGCGAGCUCAAGAUCGAGAACGCGCGGCGGGCCGAGCGCGACAAGGCGCAGGGGCUGGCGGCCAAGGCGGCCGGCAAGGCAGACAAGGCGGCCGGCCUGUCCGAGGUGGCAGAGGACAAGGACGGCGGGGAGAAGGCGACACCCAACGGGGCGGCAGGCGACGGCAACAAAGCCAACAGCGACGCGUCGCCAGAAAAGGCGGCGGCGGCGGCGGCGGCGGCGGCAGACGGCAAAACGCAGGAACAGUCUUCUGCCGCCGCCGAGCCUGCCGCGGCAGCCGCUACCAAUGGCGAUGUCGCGGCGAACGCGAAGAAGGGCGACCAGGAGGCAGCGGACAAGGCGCCCGAGCCCACGGCGCCGCCGCCGGCCAAGGACGACGAGAUGGCCGCCGCAGCGGACAAGGAUAGGAGCGGCCGGCCAAGCUCGCGGCCGGGGAGCAGGCACAAGCGCAGCGCAAGCGUCCUCUCGGCGACGAGCGACAAGAGCAAGAGGCAGAAGAGGUAAAAAAAAAUUAAAAAAAAGGGAAAGGCGCCGCAGUGCGUCAUCUGGUGACCUUGCUCUUAGAUGGAUCUCAGGGGGGCCCGGCUGUCUUUGUCGGUGUUUAUCUCGUGUUCGUUAGCAGUACUACCAACCAAACUCAUCUCUACCUAGGCAAUAUUGCUAUGGAGAAGAAGAGGAACAAAACAUGUUACAAGCCCACAUACUA